UUCAGCCUGAAAGAAGACGAAGAAGAAGAAGGGCCUCGCCUCUGAUGGGAGUCCAGUGUGGAUUUUAGUACGCUAUCUCAUCCUUUUUCAGGCUUUUGUGUCUUUACUUCUACUGUAAACCAUGGCAGACGACGAAUUGGAGGCAAUUAGGCGGCAAAGAAUGGCGGAGCUACAGGCAAAGCACGGGGAUGCUUCAAAUAAUCAGCAAGGAGAGGAGGCCAAACAAAGAGAAUCAGACAUGAGGAACUCCAUAUUGGCUCAAGUUCUAGACCAGUCGGCCCGUGCCAGAUUGAGCAAUCUCGCUUUGGUGAAGCCAGAGAAGGCCAAUGCAGUGGAAAACUAUCUCAUUCAAAUGGCUCGUUUUGGGAAGUUAGGAGGAAAGAUUUCGGAGUCAGGUUUGAUCGAGAUCCUAGAAAAAGUCAGUCAACAAACAGAGAAAAAGAUGACUGUCAAAUUCAACAGACAGAGGGUGAUGGACUCAGACGAUGAGGACGAUUACUAACUUUAAACUGGAGCCCUGGAAUGAGCCAAGAAAUCAGGAGAGGAUAUGCUUUACUGGGACUCUGAUAGCAUCUUUGACCAGCAUAUUCCUGUUAGCUGAAUCCUGGGAUGCCACACUAGCUUCUGUGUGUCUCUGGAAACUACAUACCAAGAGGGAAAAGAAAGGAUGUGAAGUUGACAUUGUGUCAUAUGUGGUGGGGGGUAGAAUACACACAGUGUCAAAUAAGGUGUUGUUUUUGUUGCUACAAAUUUGCGCUGCUGGUGUUGUACCCCAGAUAACUCAUGGCACGUGUGAUUUAUCACGUCCUCCUUAGUAGUUAUUAUUUUCUCUUUUAUUUCUCCCUGUUGACUUCUGUUCUUCAAACAUAAGAGGCUAGACAAAAUGCAGAACAUAUUUAUGUUUAUGCAUUUUAUCUAGACUGCUGAAUUAAUACAAUAUACCAUUCUCUAUUCAGGGCCAAUGUUCCAUUAGCCUUGGAUGUUGCACCUGGAUAUUUUCUUUUUGCUGACAUGUAUCAUAAAGGUUUACAUAAAAAUAAAAAAAAAAAGCCUUAAAUCUA